GGCUUCGCGCUGCUCCGGGAGGCCGUGUGGCGCGUGCUGGAGCUGUGGUACUUCGAUGUGCAGCUGCUGGGCGGCAUGGUGCUGCACAGCGGCCGCCUCGCCGAGAUGAAGACAGGCGAGGGGAAGACGAUCGUGGCCCUGUUGCCGACCUUCCUGGCUGCCCUGGAGGGCAAAG